AGAGGUUGCGACGACUGGCGCCGGGAGGGUCUACCCAUACGCAGCACCUGUAGCUCGGAGGCCACCAAACUGUACGACUGCGCCCUCAAUCAACUGUGCGGCUGGUAUGACGACCCCCUAUACGGCGGGUUAGGUAACACCCUCUCCGAUAUGGAAAAGGCUGACCCGGACUUCAUAUUAGGCCAAUCCCUGGGGUUAGGGCUGGAGUUCCAGAUGCUGGAUGUCGCCCAAGAAACCCGUGAUAAGUACCAGCGAUUGCGAGCACUGGUAGACAAAAACGCCGGCGCUUACGAGGACAGAGAGAUCCAGCACUUGGACGCUGUCGGGUGUUUAGCUACCGGUGACCAUAUGGGGGCUGUUAGGGUAUGGGAGCGCAUACUAGCCCUACACCCGACCGAUAUGCACGCCCUGCGUGUGGCACACUUCGUGUACUUCAGAACAGGGCUGUCUGAACAGCUCCGGGACUCCGUGGCCCGAGUAGUACCCCAUUGGCAGCACCGGUCGCUACCACUUGAGGGCUAUUUGCACGGUAUGUAUGGCUUUGGGUUAGAGGAGACCCAUAUCUACGAUAAGGCGGAACGGGAGGCACGACUGGCGCUGGAUAUGAACGCGUGCGACGGGUGGGCCACCCAUACAAUGGCACACAUACACGAAACGCACGGCGCCGUCGACACCGGUAUCCAGUUUUUGACCUCAAGUGCCGACAAUUGG